AUGACAUUUCUCAUUCCCCCCUCAACCCUAGAGAACCAGGCCUACAGCUCUCUCCACUCGCCACCACUUAGAAACAAGAUAACACCCGGCGACGUGGGAAUCCUGAAAUCAACGCUCCUACCUUCGUUCGGCCUCUAUUCAAGCCUUUCACUGGCAACUUACAUUGCAGCCGAAACAACAAACCGAGUCGAACUCAAAGACUGGCUCUGGCCCUCGGCGCAAGUCCUCAAUGCCUGGUGGACCGCCGUCGGACAACCGAUGUGCAAACACGACAUCUCAUUUGAAGCAGCUUGUCGGGCUCUACCAUGGACCGAAAGGGUUCUUCUAAGCUGCGUUACCAUCUGGGGCGCGAGGCUCUUUGCCCGCAUCGCGUGUCGGUCAUUAUCCCGCGGGACAGAUGAUGCGCGGUACGAGGAAGUCAAAAAGGAGCCGGGCUUUUGGAAACGUGCAUUUUUGAAAAUGUUUUUACCGGAAGCUGCUGUUUUGAGUGUCAUCUCUUUGCCGUUCACGGUUCCAUUCACUAUGGGUGAUGCUAUGCCUCGCAUAGGCGAUGAUUUGGUGAAUGUUGUUCGGGCCCUUGGUGUUGGCCUUUUUAGUGCUGGGUUUGCGAUGGAGGUUAUGGCAGAUACACAGCUUGCACUGCACCAACAGGAACGGACGGAUUUGUGUCGACAUGGUGUUUGGAGUUUGGUGCGGCAUCCCAAUUACCUGGGCGAUACCUUGGUUCAUUGCUCGUUUGCUUUGCUUAACAUGGCUGGUCCAUUCAAUCCAGUUGUGAUACUGGGGCCUCUGACGAACUAUCUCUUCCUUCGGUUUGUGGGUGGCGACAAGCAGACUGAGGCUAGCCAGGAAGAGCGCUAUAAGUCUCAGGAUCCACACAAGCAUGAGCAGCUGCGACAGUGGCAGAGAGAAAAGAAUAGUUUCUGGCCUGAUUUACGGGACUUGGUGAAUCCAUGGGCAUUGGCCGUUGCCGGGUGUGGAUUUAUUGGUGUGGUGAUUGAGGAGGGAUUUAGAGGUGCUUAUCUAAAACAUACAUAG